CCAACAAAACUCAAAUUGACGAGAAUACUUGAUACUUUUAACCUAUAACCUUUUAUUACACGAGGCUUAAAAUACUACUUUCUUACUUACACCUGAUUUAUAUUCAAGAGUCACAUUUCUGACACUGAUCAUUUCAUUUAAAUAUGUCAAAAUAUUGUACAGUCCUAACAAAAGUAAAGGGGGGAAAAAUCCUGCACCUUCAUCUAGAACAGGGAUGUCAAACUUGUUUUCAUUGAGGGCCACCCCACAGUCAUGGCUGCCAUUAGAGGGCCGCUUGUAAUUGUAAAUAAUUCAUGAAGUCAAAGUUAGAGUACCAAUGAUUGUCACACACACACUAGGUGUGGUGAAAUGUGUCCUCUGCAUUUGACCCAUCCCCUUGUUCACCCCCUGGGAGGUGAGGGGAGUAGUGAGCAGCAGCAGUAGUGGCUGCGCCCGAGAAUCAUUUUAGUGAUUUAACCCCCAAUUCCAACCCUUGAUGCUGAGUGCCAAGCAGGGAGGUAAUGGGUCCCAUUUUUAUAGUCUUUGGUAUGACUCAGCCAGGGUUUGAACUCACGACUUACCGAGAGCUAAAAUCAACAAAGAGUAGCCUUGCAUAGCUCCCCUGCUGCUCUAGGUGGCUCAGAGCAGUGUGGAGGGCUGUUGCGAUAGCAUCCUCUGUAGAUCUAUUGGCCCUGUACGCAAACUGGUGAGAGUCCAAUGCAGGUGGCAGAUUUGAGGUGAUGUGCCCCCGGACCAGAGUUUCAAAGCACUUCAUAAUGAUUGGUGUAAGUACCACUGGACGGUAAUCAUUCAGGCUGUUUACUGCAGUUUUUUUUGGCAGUGGGACAAUAACCAAGUCCUUUAGACAGGGUGGGACGAUGUACUGGGACAAGGACUAGUUGAAAAUCCUGGUAAAGACAAUAGCCAGCUGGUCUGCACAGGUCUUUAGUACAUGUCCAGGUAUGCCAUCCGGUCCAGCAGCUUUCCUCGGGUUCACCCUCCUUAGUGUGGGCACAGAUCGGUUGACUUAAUUUUACUGCAAAAAAACAAACAUUGGUCGGGUUUUUUUCAACUUACAGUAAUAUCCUGAAAAAGAAAAAAAAAACUCCCUAAAUGUUACAGUAAAAUGUAUUGGUCAUUUUUAUAGUGUACAAUUUGAUGGAUAACUUGCUUCAAAUUCAUAAGUUAAGCAGAUAUUUAAGUAUUUAUUUGGAUUUAGACCAAAAAAGUUAGAUAAUAUAAUAUUUGUUGCAAUAUUGGACACUAUUUUUUUCCUGUCAAACUAGAAAAAAAAACCUAAUAUAUUUUUAGAAAGAAAGAAAAUAAGGUAUUUUAUUGACACAUUAUUUCCAGGCUUUUGCGGGCCAUAUAAAAUGAGGUGGAGCAGGCCUUGAGUGAUAUAGUUUCACCAAACUGUCAGUCUGUGACCUGAUGUAGGUAUACUUUUUGUCAGAUCCUACCACAUAAUUAACAAUUGAAAGUAAGUCAAAUAAAAAAACAACAAAGGUGAGGUACAUAAAUAUUUCCAGAGGUUUAAUUUAAAACAAUCCAAAAAUCACACAACUUGCCUUAUGAGUGUACAAGAAUACGUGCGGCUUGCACCUAAUAGUGGAAAAGCUCCACCCUGUUGCUACGUGACCACCAAGUGGUUGUAGUCUUGUCACACGUCCAGAAUGUUUUGUAGGAGUCAACAAAGAAGACAUGAGAUAAGGGACAAGCGGCAGAAAAACACCUGGUGAUUUACACAAGACUCCUGCCUUAAUGGAUGUGCCACACACAUGGAGGAUGUAAGGAAGCCGUUGGAAGAAGAAGUCGACACUUCCAGCAAGACAAGAUGACCGAGCCCCUCCUGAUCGCCAACCUGACGCAGGAGUGGCUGGCGAGCUUGCGAAGGUGGCACCUGGACUUUUUCUUCAUCCCCACCACCGUGGUGACGCUGGCCACCAUGCUUGUCAACCCCGUCCUCAUGGCGUGCAUCUUGGCGUCCCGCGCCUUACGCCAGGAAACGCGCUACCUGCUGGUGGCCAACACCUUAGCGGCAGACAUGCUCUUCCUCACCGUCAACCUGCUCACCGCCGUCCUCAACGCCGCCCGGGCCGAGGUGCCGUGGCUGCUGUGCGAGCUGGUCACCGCCAUCACCGUCACGGCGUACUGCUGCGCCAUCCUCACCGUCACUCUCAUGGUGGUGGACACCUACGCCGCCGUGCGCUGGCCGCUGCGCUACCGCCACCUCCUCCCGCCCGCCCGCGCCCGCAGGAUCCUGCUGGGGGCUUGGCUGCUGGCGGCGACGUACCCCCUCGCCCUGGUCGUGGUCAUGGAGGUGGAGAGAGGAAACCCGCAGGAGAAGAUAGCCGUGUGCCUGGUCCUCGUCUCCCUGGGCAUUGUCCAGGCCAAAAACAUGGCGGGGAUCCACAUCUACUUCUUUGUCGCCGCUCUGAUCUGCGCCGUGCUCAUCUUCUACUGCUACAUCCGCCUCUACAUGGUGACCAGGACCCAGGGCAUCUGGCAGAACCGCUUCUCCAGAGCCAGGGUCACGCUGUUGGCCCACGGGGUCCUGCUGCUGCUCUACUUCCUGCCCGGCUUCGUCUUCACCCUGGAGCUCCUCCUGUUUCAGAGCCAAGACGUCAGCCAAGAUGUUCGAGUGUGGUUGAGCACGGUCAACAUGUGUGUCUUCAUGUUGCUGCCGAGGGCCUUUGCGCCUUACCUGUAUGGACUGCGAUACCGGGAGAUCUCUGAUACCAUAGUGCAGCUGCUGCAUCGGCAUUGAAGACUCAGACAGAUCACUGUAUCGUAGCUGUCUUUCAUACUUCUACACUUCCUGUUCCAGCCCACGUCCAUCAAGACCCCUGACUACUAAAUAGACCUUCGCCUUUUCAAGUUCAAAGACAUUCAGCGUCACUUAAUAUUAAGUAUUGCUCCAUCCAUCUUCUUCCACUUAUCCAAGGUCGGGUCGCGGGGGCAGCAGCCUAAGCAGAGAAGCCCAGACUUCCCUCUCCCCAGCCACUUUGUCCAGCUCCUCCCGGGGGAUCCCGAAGCAUUCCCAGGCCAGCCAGGAGACAUAGUCUUCCCAACGUGUCCUGGGUCUUCCCCGACCUACCGGUUGGACGUGCCCUAAAAACCUCCCAAGGGAGGCGUUCGGGUGGCAUCCUGACCAGAUGCCCGAACCACCUCAUCUGGCUCCUCUCGAUGUGGAGGAGCAGCAACUUUACUUUGAGCUCCUCCUGGAUGACAGAGCUUCUCACCCUAUUUCUAAGGGAGAGCCCCGCCAUCCGGCGCAGGAAACUCAUUUCGGCCGCUUGUACCCGUG